AUGACGUCGACGUUCUUCAUCCUCGUCUCUUUAUUGGCUUUCGCGAAUGGCGGACUCGUCGGGGCACCUGUCGUUCCAUUAACCAACUUCGUUCCUAGUCCUUUAUAUUCAUUUGCAUACGACGUCAAGGAUUCUUUAACCGGAGACUUUAAAAGUCAAGUUGAAAGUCGCAGCGGCGGCUACGUCCGGGGGCAGUACAGCGUUAUCGAUCCCGAUGGUACGAAACGCAUUGUGGAUUAUACCGCUGAUCCUAUUCAUGGAUUCAACGCCGUAGUGAGGAAAGCUCCGAUCGUCAAAGUGGUUCCUCCGGUGGCGGUGGCUCCGGUGCCAGUGGCGCCGGCCCCCGUGCCAGUAGCGCCAGUUUUCCCGCCGCCGGCCUUCGCGAGGGUCGCGCCGCCCCAUGUACAUGCACCGGUGGCAUAUAAGUAUUUCUAGAUUGUGGUGGAGAUGGCUGAUUUUUGCAGUAUUAUACAUACAAUUGCCUAGUC